GAAUUAGAAAAUUGGUGUGGUUUGUGUUUGCAUCUGCACAGUUAAGAGUUCGACAGAACUUAUUAUGUUCAAUAAAGAUAAAGAGCGCUGUGUCCUGAUGAAGCAAUUUCUUAUGGAAACUGAAGAACUAAGCACGGAGGAGGCAAAAAUUGCUGAAGAAGCCAAAUGGGGGGCCCAGGAGAUUUUGCAAGAUGCCCUGAAAAAGAAGGACAAGGUCCUGAUGAAGAUACCUGAGAAAGUCAUCCUUAAAGGAGAAGAGACAAAGCAAUUUUGGAUGGAACGUCAUGCAGUAAUGACUGAAGACAAAGUUCAAAAGCUCAUUGCAGAACUCAAGAAGGUAACGUUUAAGAAAGAUAAUAGCCUGGCCAAAACUGACACCAUUGCUUAUGUGUACCCACAUGAUGAGACAAAAACUAUCUACUUGUCUCCGUGGUUCUUUUGUUUUUUUCCAAAGUAUCUUGGAAGAAACUCUCAGCCAGGCAUACUCAUUCAUGAAGUAUCUCACUUUCUGGGUGCUGACGACCUCACCUACGAAGAGAGCACCUUUUUUGUUGGCUGCAAAGGCUCCAUGGUAAAAGGCAAUCUGAGUCCUGCACACAACUCAACAAUCCCUCUUCUUAAGGAAGACUAUUGGGAUGCCCUUAAGAAAGCUUUCUGGAAUGCCAAAAACAUUCAGCAUGAAUUUGAGCUCACCAUCAACCACAGUAAAGAGUAUAUGAAUGGCAAAUACCUCUGCUGUGGGGAAACAAAAAGAUACUCUGUCUGUGAAUCUUCAGUGCCUGACCACUUUCACACUUGCAACUUUCAGAAAACGUGGGAAACAGUGACACUAAUAGAAGAACUCCGACAAAGAUCAGAGAGCAUAGAACACAAGUGGAAAGAAUGCCCCAAAAUUUUAAUCGAAAUUAUUGAGUCUCUCAACAAAGCCGAAGCUGCAAGUAAGGUCAGUGAAUGGUCUUCUGUUGGAGCAAUAGCAUCAUCUCUUGUGGGACUCAUCUUGGCUCCUGCAACAUGUGGACUUUCUACAAUGCUCACCACAGCAGCUUUCCCUGUGGCAAGUAUAGUGGCAAGCGGAGUCGUCAUAUCUUCUACAAGUGAUUACAAAACCUUCAUAGCAAGGGCAGACAUCAAAAUGAAGGAGCUCAAAGCCAUCCUUCAUAAAUACAAACAUUCUUCAGAUAUCCUGAAACUUAUUAAAUUUCUAAGCGGCCCAGCUGACACAAACCCAAUAUAAUCAAUUUAUUACAGAGAUGGUCAAUCAAGAUUCAGUCUUAAAAACUAUGGCCUGGAACAGACAGGCCCUUACGGUGCCCUUGUCAUGUGCGAGGGUUGCCUGGUGGGCAGAGCGCCCACAUACCCGGCAACCCUUGCAUGUGACAAGGGCGCCACAGCUGCCGCACACCCACCAGACAGGGUGCGUAACAAUGACAUCACAGCUGCACCGCUUCCAAACGGAGCAGUGCAGCUGUGAUGUCAUGAUGACAUUUCUGGCGCUUUACUGCGUCGCAGCAUGGCACAAAAAGGAGCCGCUUUCAGGUGCUCCUUUUUUGCUCCACAGCAGCACCACACAAUUUAUUUGCUGCUGUGCUCCUGCAGAGCAAAGAGAGGCGCCAAGGAAGCGCCUCUUUUUGGUUCUCUGUACCGCACCAUUGUUCCCUUUUGUUACAUAUUUUAAUAGAGUGUCCACAGACAAGUAUUCUCUGAAUACACAGUCAGGUUUCUGGUAGAACAGAAGAGUAGUCAGCACAACAGAAUAAAAGUACCAAUACAAUUAGUGUAUGUUCUGCAUAGGACAAUUAUUCUAAAAUGUAUGUACAACUGCAAAGGAUAAUAUAAAGCAGACUCUGUGUUGUUGCAGUACAUGUGUAUUUGUUUCUUAGUUCAUUGCUAUAUUGUAUUUAUAAAAAUCAAAUUACUGUUUGGUUACAAAGCACAGCAGGGGCAGUUAAAUAACUAGGCUCUAGAAGCUACACAAAUCCCUCACUAUGCCAUGGAGGAUGACAUCGCACUGUGUUUCCUAUGCCUUCCCACCCAUGUCUUGAAAAGUCAGUCUUGGUGCUAAUAACCUUCAGUCUACACCUACCUAUUAUUAUGUAUCCUAAUCACCAUAUGAGCAGCUGUUAUUUCUGGUGUCUCACAGUUUUGCAGCUGCCACAUAUUCUUUCUCAGCAUCUUCAUGAUCUACUUUCACUGAUCAAUAUGCUUUUAGAAUGUUUAAAUUAGCUUUAUUUUUCACAUUGUUAUUGCUUUACACUUUUAAUUGUUCAGAAUGGUUUUUUCAGGGCGGGGUAGUACAUGUUCCUAAGUGGACUUGCAUAAACCAGAAUUAGAAUCAAGGAAUUCUGCAACAUCUGUAUCCAGUAGAAGGCUGCUGUUACAUUAUUACUGUACAUAGAAAAGCUAGGAAAGUGCCCUUUGUGAGACAGGACCAAUGUCCUGAAUUUUAUUGGUCCUGAUGCACAUCAGGUACUCUUGCUAGUAUCCUAUUACAUAUUUUCACAAUUUAGUAAGGGAGUUCUUUAUCACCUCUGCUACAUAGCUAGUACAUAGAGUUACAUAAUAUAACAGAUCAUAUAGGAUCCAAGGAAAAGUAAGUAAAUGCCAUUGUUCAUGUUCUGGUAAUACUCUCAUUUGCAUUACUGGAGUGCUGCUACUAUGGCUGCCCUCAGGCAUGAUUUCUUUUCUUCCAUUUCUCACUAGUUCAAUUCACUCAAAACUUAUUAUUCCAAACAUAAUGCUUCUUCCUUUAUCACCAAAUCAUGAACUUGAAAGUUUGCACCUUUUGUCAUUUUGGUCUGCUCUAAUAAAGAUAUUGUCCACUGGAGGCUUUUAUUUUCAGACAUGAUUUUUAAUUUUUAUGGAGCUGCUAAAGACUGCAUUUCUUCUCUCCUUCAGAUGUGAUCAUUUAACUUUUUGUUUAAAAUGUUGUCUUAGGGAAGGAUUAGUUAGUAAAACACUACCAGCACCAACACCAUCAAGUUCAGGACUCAAGGUGGCUUA